AUGGCGGGCUCCAAAGCGAGCAGCAACAGCUUGAUGUUAGCCUCCUGGGACCCGAUGCAGUACAUCAACGAGCAGCCGACACCUUCGUGCCUCACGAGGGUGACGCGGGACAUUGCGGAGAUGAACGCCGAUCCGCUGCCGGGGAUCUUCAUUUCUCCAGAAGAGAUCGACCUCACCAGGAUCCACGCCAUCGUGGUGGGACCCCAAGGAACGCCGUACGAGGGCGGGUUCUUCCACUUCUUCAUGAAGUGCCCCCCGAACUACCCGGUUGUUCCACCCCGGGUGCGCAUUAUGACCACGGACGCUGGCAGAGUGCGCUUCAACCCGAACCUAUACGCGUGCGGAAAGGUCUGCCUCAGCAUUCUGGGAACUUUUCCUGGACCUGCGUGGAGCCCGGUACAAAACAUCGGCACCGUACUCCUCUCCAUACAGUCGCUGAUGAACGAGGAGCCGUACUACAACGAACCGUGUGCGCCGCCACUGCCGGUGUUGGCCGCACGAUACAGCGACAGACCCUAUCCGGCGUACCUUGCGAGUGUGGUCCUGAAGACGUUCGCCGACUCGUACGACAAGUACGAGGACAUGGUGAAGCGCCUGGUCGACCUGAACAACUCCUGA